AUGGUGAAAGUUCUCUUGACCGGCGGUAGCGGCUUUAUCGCCGCUCACAUUGUUGAUAUUUUGCUGCAGCAUGGCUUCGAUACCGUGUUCACCGUGCGCUCCGAUGACAAAGGCAAACGGAUUCUCGAGAACCACCCCGGGACGCCCAAGGAGAAGCUCUCCUACGUGAUUGUCAAGGACGUAGCUCAAGAUGGGGCUUUUGACGAGGCCGUCAAGUCCGACCCUCCAUUUGACUAUGUCCUCCACACCGCAUCCCCUUUCCAUUUCAACGUGCAGGAUCCGGUGAAAGACUUCCUGGACCCCGCAAUCAAGGGAACUACUGGCAUUUUGAAAGCUAUCAAGGCUUAUGCCCCUACCGUAAAGCGCGUUGUCAUCACCUCGUCAUUUGCUGCUAUUAUAAACCCCAAGCAGAACGUGAAGCUCUAUAGCGAGAAGGUAUGGAAUCCGGUCACUUGGGAAGAGGCUAUGGAUCAUUCCAACGUUUAUCGGGCUAGCAAGACCUUUGCUGAAAAGGCCGCGUGGGACUUUGUUGAGAAGGAGAAGCCCAACUUCGACAUCGCUACUAUCAACCCUCCUUUGGUCUUUGGCCCCAUUGUUCACUAUUUGAAUUCUCUCGAGGCUCUCAACACAUCAAACCAGCGGUUCCGAAACCUCAUCCAAGGCCAGUUUAAGGAGCAGAUUCCUCCCACGGGCACAUUCCUGUAUGUUGAUGUUCGUGACGUGGCACUUGCCCACGUUCGGGCCAUCGAGGUCUCCGAGGCUGGAGGCAAGAGAUUCUUCAUAACUGCAGGUUUCUUUUCGAACAAGGAGAUCGUGGAGGCUGCCCGCAAGACCCACUCGGAAUUGGAAUCUAAGCUCCCUGCCAAGGAUGCUCCGAGUGACUUCCCAUCGGAUAUCUACGAGAUUGACAACAGUAGGUCAAAGGAGAUUCUGGGGAUCAAGUAUCGGUCCUUCACAGAGACUGUGGCAGACACAAUCAGCUCUUUGCAGGAUGUCGGUGCUUGA